AUGGGCCGCUACCGCAACCGCUUGGCCCCUGGGGCCUGGGUUUUCUCAGGGUCGCAUAACCGCGUGCAGCUGUGGCUGGUGGGGGCUCACCGGGAGGCAGAGCUGGAGCACCAGCUGCGACCCAGGCGGGUCGAGGAAGAGGAGUUUGUUCUGGACACUCCAGAGGAUCUGGGGCCGUUGCAGUUCGUGAAGCUGCGCAAACAGCACUCACUGGUGGACAGCGCGUGGUUCUGUUCUGCGAUGGAUCGCAUCACCGUGCAAGGUCCGGGAACCUCCGCGGAGACCGCAGAGACCGCGUUCCCGUGCUACCGCUGGGUGCAAGGCACGGGCGUCCUGAGCCUGCCCGAGGGCACUGCUCGCAUGGCAGGAGACAAUGCCUUGGACAUCUUCCAGAAGCAUAGAAAGAAAGAACUGGAGGAAAGACAGCAGACCUACCGUUGGGGCAUCUGGAAGGAAGGGAUACCCCUGAAAAUAGCUGCAGACACAGAGAAUGAUCUGCCCCCAGACAUGAGAUUCCAUGAGGGCAAGAAGCUGGACUAUGAAUGGACAGCAAAGACAGGGGCCCUGGAGGUGGUUUUCAAACGUAUUUACACUCUGCUGACAUCCUGGACCUGCCUGGAAGAAUUUGAUCAGAUAUUUUGGGGCCAGAAGAGUGCCCUGGCUGAGAAGGUUCAUCAGCACUGGAAAGAGGAUGAACUGUUUGGCUACCUGUUCCUCAAUGAUGCCAACCCCAUGCUGUUGAGACGCUCUACUUCUCUGCCCUCUAGGCUGGUGCUUCCCUCAGGGACAGAGGAACUGGGGGCCCAGUUGAAAAAAGAACUCCAGAAUGGUUCACUGUUUGAGGCUGUCUUUAUCUUGCUGGAUGGAAUUCCAACCAAUGUGAUCCAAAGAGAGAAGCAGUACCUGGCUGCUCCCCUAGUCAUGCUGAAGAUGGAACCCAAUGGGAAGCUGCUACCUAUGGUCAUCCAGCUCCAACUUCCCACCUCCAGUUCUCCUGCCCCAACACUGUUCCUGCCCUCUGAUCCUCCACUUGCCUGGCUCCUGGCCAAGUCCUGGGUCUGAAAUUCAGAUUUCCAACUGCAUGAGCUCCAGUAUCAUUUGCUGAACACUCACCUGCUGGGUGAGGUCAUUGCUGUUGCCACCAUGAGGUGCCUCCCAGGACUGCACCCUGUCUUCAAGCUCCUGGUGCCCCAUAUCCACAACACUAUGGAAAUCAACACCCGGGGCCAGAUCCAGUUUAACUCAGAUGGAAUAUUUGCAAAGGCAGUGAGCACAGGUGGAGGUGGUCAUCUAGAUUUGGCCCGUCGGGCAAUGACUCAGCUGACCUAUUGCUCCCUCUGUCCUCCUGAUGACCUGGCUGACCGGGGUCUUCUGGGAAUCCCAAGUGCUCUCUAUGCUCAUGAUGCCUUGGCCGCCUUCUGGGAUCACAGAUAUCAGCUCCCUUCUCUGAGCAAGUGUGUGGAGGGGAUGGUCCACCUCUUCUACCAGAGGGAUGAUGUUGUGAGGAGGGAUCCUGAGCUGCAGGCCUGGUGUUGGGAUAUCAUGGAGGUGGGGCUGUGCCAUGCCCAGGACAGAGGUUUCCCUGCCUCUUUUCAGUCUUGGCUUCAACUCUGUCAUUUCCUUACCAUGUGCAUCUUCACAUGCACUGCCCAACACACAGCCAUCAAUAAUUGUUAGCUGGACUGGUUUUACUGGGUUCCUAAUGGCCCAUGCUCAAUGCGGAUGCCCCCACCCACUACCAAGGAAGAUGUAACAAUGGCCACAGACAUGGGGUCACUACCCAAUGUCCAGCAGUCCUGUCUUCAGAUGCUUUUUGUGCGGCAACUGGGCUAAUGGCAGCCAGACAUGGUAAGAAGGGGACAUCACAGAGAAGACUAUUUCUCAAGCCCUGAGCCCAAGGCGGUGCUAAGACAAUUCCUAACAGAUCUGGAUAAACUGGAAAGGGAAAUUGUGGCCUGGAAUGAGAAACUAGACCUUCCCUAUGAAUACCUGAAAACAAGUUGCAUAGAGAACAGUAUCGCUAUCUAA